UCCGUUCACUCACUUAUAAAAUGAGUCUGAAACAUUUGAGCAAGCACAGUUUACUUUGUAAAGCACAUGGCACAUAAACAGUAAUAGUUUAGCCUUAACUUAUUGGUUAUUGGUUAUUCAUUAACAGAUUGACACUUGUAACAGGAAAAGCUACAGUGAGGAUCACAUCUGUAACACUAAUAUGAACAGUCCGCAGGAUUAUCAGACGGAUUUGGAGGUGAUUCUGGAAUUUCUAGAGGAGCACUACAGGCAGGAAUCUCACAGAAAAGCUCUAUGGGACAUGACGGAUCUCUCUGUCACAUCAUCCAGUGGCUCUGUGGACACUUCUGCAGAGAAACGGCCAGAUGAGGAGAAUUUCAUCAAAGUUUCAGGACAGGAAACUCAGGUCAUGGAAUCUUUGCCCAAAGCAAACAUAUCGGACGGGCGAGGAAUAAACACCCUAAAGGCAGCAGAAAGCCCUUUAAUUCUGCAUGCGACACCUGAAAAGCGUGUCAAGUCACUGCCCAGCAGUACAACUGCAGAGAAAGGGAAAAAGCUGCGUCUUUUUCACUUCUUAUUUGAGAUGCUGGAGGAUCCAGAUAUGGCGCAUUGUGUAUCCUGGGUACCAGCUUCGGUUGGUGUUUUCUGCUUUUCUGCUAAAAACAAGGAGCAUGUGGCGGAGCUGUGGGGUCAAAGGAAGGGGAAUCGAAUGCCUAUGACCUACCAGAAAAUGUCCCGGGCCUUGCGAAAUUAUAGCCGCUCGGGGGAGAUCAUUAAAGUGAAAAAGAAACUGACUUACCAGUUCAGUGUCACUACACUUUCUACUUUACAGAGCCAGCGUGGUGCAAAGAAAGCAGCGUGAGGAUCCAAAUGAGAGAUGAAUGACCUCAUUAUUUCGCACUCUUGUGAUAUCUUAAUUGCCUUGGUAAGAGGAGGAGGGUUAAAUUGGUUUCUAAUUUUCUUUCUUGAUGGUCAGCCGAUUAUGCUCAGCGAAAAGAUGACAUUUAGGAUUUGUACUUGUUCUGCACUUUGAAUAUCCCCAUGCAGAUAAAAAGUCUUUAAAAUGUAUUGGUGUAUGUUUUAUUUUUAUUUUUUUUACACUUGCAAAAGUUAUGUACUAACCAAAACAAAUAAAAACAGACCAUUAUCUCCUACUUCCCGCAUUGUUCACUUGUCUCCAGUAGGUGGCAAAGCUGAUACACUGCUUUUAUUCUGAUUGUGACUUCUUUGCUACUGUUGUAUUUCUUUUGUGUGUGUUUUUAUUCUAGGUUACAACUUAAAUCUGAAUUAUCAAUUAGCUGGCAUAAAAACACAUUGACCAUUUUACAGUGCUCAGCAUAUAUAAGUUGACCCCUCACAAAUCUAUCUUUUACAUUCUUAUUUUUAUUAGGAAGCUAAACAAUACUAUAUUGGUGCAUUUACAUUAGAUUAGUCAAUACUAAAGCUAAAUCUGGAGCUUAUCUAA